AUGCCCGUCUCCCCCCGCGCCUCCAAAGAAGAAUUCAUGGCCGCCCUCGGCCUCUCCACCCACGACCCCCAACACGAACAAUACUACCGCGCAAUGCGAGACGAAGCAAUAUCCACCUACAACCACCUCAACGAAUCCCCCACCAACCUCCUAGAGAGCAUCCUCCACGAACAACCAUCCACAAAACCCCCUUACUUCUGGCACCAUAUCCGGCCGGAUCGUCAACGCUGGGCCAUCACAGAGAUUGCGCGUAAUGCGGGUCCCCUCACCCGGCCGUUGUUUGCGAGGGGGUCCAAGUCGCCGCAGACGUCGUUGAGACAAGGGGAUGGGAAUGGUAGUGCGAGUGGGAGUGGAAGUGGAAGUGGGAAGAAGGAGUAUUAUGAUCCGGUUCGAAAUGGAUAA